AUGCCUAACAUCAUAAACCGUUGGAUUCUGCUGGUGGAAAGGCUGUUGGAGAAUGUGCUCAACAACAGUCUGGAGAAGGCAUCUCUGGAUGAGGUGGAGAACUGGUGGCAAAAGUUUUUUAAUACAAAACAUUUGUUAGAAGACGUGUCGACCAAAGAGUUAGUGUUUCGGUCCAUCGGAGCCUUCCUUUGUAUCCUAAUAAUCAUAACAACACUUGUGGGCAAUAUUCUGGUCAUCGUUGUUGUCACCAAAUUUCAUCGCAUGAGAACUGUUACUAAUAUAUUACUGGCCAGUUUGGCAUUCAGUGAUAUAACAGUGGCCUGUCUUGUAAUGCCAUUUACAAUAAUAUACGAUUUCAUCCGAUUCUGGCCCUGGGGUACCAUUGCCUGUCACUUCUGGAUAUCUUGUGAUGUCAUGUGUUGUACAGCAAUAUAUGCCGGCAUUAUCGUUUAA